UUCGUGAAACUUUUUAGUCCCUGUGUAAAAAGAAUGAAAUAAAGAUGUUCAGACCUUUACUAAAAUUAUUGGAUAAAGUUUCAGUUGUAAAAUCUUUACAAGACGGCUUACACCAAACUAUUCAAAGAUGUGGAUUUGUUCAAAGUAGCCAGAUAACUGGAAAAAAUGAAAAGCAAAUAAAAAAUGAUGACUUUAUGAGUAAAGAGAUUGAGAAUUAUGAAAUAGGAAAAAGAUGGCUAGCCAAAAUGAUGGGUGAAAAUGCUGAUACAUUUACUCAAAAAGACAUAGAUGAGGCUAUCAAAUAUCUUUUACCCAGCCGCUUGUUUGCUAAAGAUGCUCGACCAAUGAUGAAACAUCCCUCUGAAAUUUUUCCCGCAGCAAAAGACAAAGAGUUUGAUGUGUAUGGCCGACCAUAUCUUUCUGGAUUUUAUACUGGAAUUCCAAAGUUUUAUGAUCUUACCUAUAAAAUUUGGCAGGAAAAGGAAAAGUUAGCAUCUCCAAAGCCAAUUUCUUAUCAAAGUAUUCAUAAUAAAACAGAAAAUAGUUCUGAAUUUAUCGAAUCAAAGCGAAUGCAAUGGUUAAGAAAAUUUCAACUAGAAGAAAAAUUGGGAGAAAAAAUCAGUGACAAACACUAUGAAAUUGUAUUAUUUCGUCUUAAAAAACUAUCCUCACAUUCAAAAGCCAAUGAAAUUCAAGAUUUUCUUCAACAAUUUCAAGUUCCAAUUUAUACACCAGGAAGAGAAGAUCUUAAAGAUGUUGAAGUUUUUGAUGGUUGUGCUCGAUCAAUGGGAUAUCGAAAAAGUGCGAAAGCAGAAGUAAUUAUUAAGGAGGGGACUGGUAAAAUAACUGUUAAUAAUAAACCAUUCUUAGAUUACUUUAUUAUACCAAACGAUCGAGAGCAGAUUAUGUUUCCUUUAGUAGCGAUUGGUCAGUUAAACAGAUUUGAUAUAGAGACUUAUGUAAUUGGUGGUGGAACAUCAGGUAAAUCUGGUGCUAUACGACUUGGAAUAAGUCGAUGCAUUGCAGGAUUGUGUCCUGAACAUUUUGAAGUUUUAAAUUCUUAUAAGCUACUGACUAGGGAUUGGCGGUUUCGAGAAAGAAAGAAACCAGGAAGAAAAGGUGCUAGAAGAGCUUUCCAAUGGGUUAGGCGAUAGGACUAGUUCUAUUAGGAUAGGAUAAUUUCCACCAGGCGAUUUCUAGUUCAAGGCGAUAGGACCAUUACAAACUUACGCUGGCAAUUAUUUUGUGAAGUUCUAAAAAGUUUUGUAUUUUGUAAUUUUACAAUUAAAAAUUAUUUGUCUAAUUA